AUGACAUCUGCCAAAACCAUCACUGAAGUCCCUGCAGAGGAGAGGGAAAACCAACAUCCAGAUGAGGACUUUGCUGUGGGUAUGGGUACACUCCCUACAUAUCUUCAUGACAACCCUGAUAUUCCAGCAGAAACCAUCAGAGAGCUUUUCAGUCUGAGAAAUUAUUAUGAUAAACUUGAAACCUAUAUCCGUGGACUUGAAUCAUUGAAUCAACAUCAGGAAUCUUACGGAACACUCUUAGUGCCAGUUGUCUUUGAUAAACUUCCGGCGGAAAUACGAAAAUCCUUAGCACGAGAACAUAAGGGCAGUAAUCUUCAGCUAAACGAACUUUGCAAAGCAAUUUACGAGGAAAUUAACGUUAUGGAAGCAGGUCAGAUGAACAGCCACAGCAUAUUAGAAAACCCCGCUACAAUGUCACUCUUAACAAGUUCCGGUCCUAAACAAGGAUUUCAGCGGAAUAAAGAUAGGAAACAUUCUCAGCAGCAGCAACAUUCUCAGCAACAAGAUCGACGCCCUAGUAACCAAAAGAUCCCGAUAGAUGUGUUGAUAGUGCCAGCUAUUGCAGUGCCUCUACAAAAUUACAACAGAAGUGUGACAAACCUCCAAUACAUAAAAGGUCUGAAACUUGCACAUCCAGUAACUGAUGACGAAACAUUUGAAAUACAACUACUUAUCGGCGCAGAUUUUUACUGGAAGGUUAUUGAAGAUGAAGUGAUCCGUGGCUCGGGACCUACAGCUGUAAAAUCCAAGAUUGGAUACCUCCUCUCCGGUCCGGUUCCAUUUCAACCGUCAGGACGAAAAUCUACAACCAAUUUAACUCUACAUGUUAUCACGCAAGCUCCAAACGAAAUCGAUUUAGAAAAAUUCUGGAAGCUUGAAAGCUUAGGAAUUGAACAUGAUGACUCUGAAUACGACAAAAUGGAUUACAUGAGUACAUAUCAAGAGAAUUCCAUCACGAUUACGGGUGAGAGAUACACAGCCGAGUUGCCAUGGAAAUUAGAUAGCCCACCUCUACCUACAAACUAUGACAUAGUGAAGCGCAGAACUGGAAACUUAUUAAACAAGUUACGUCAAGAUCCAGUUACACUGAACCAUUACAAUGUUAUAAUAAAAGAUCAGAUAAAGAAAGAAUUCAUAGAAGAAGUCAUGCCUACAGAUGAACCCGGAAAGAGAGUACACUACAUUCCCCAUCACGCCGUGAAAAAGGAAUCUUCGACAACACCCAUACGCAUUGUGUAUGAUUGUAGUUGUCGGAUGUCACGAAACCACCAGAGUUUAAACGAUUGUCUGCAAUCUACACCACCGCAACUCAACGACUUGACAGCCAUAUUAGUUCGAUUUAGAUUUCACAAAUUUGCAGUUGUUAGUGAUAUCGAGAAGGCGUUUCUACAUGUGGGACUACACGAGAAGGACCGAGAUGUCACACGAUUUUUAUGGCCUUCAGAUCCAACUAAUCCAGACAGCCCAUUGAAAACAUACCGUUUAAAGUCCGUACUUUUCGGAUCAGUUUGCUCCCCCUUUAUAUUAAAUGCAACAAUACUGAAGCAUCUACAGAGAAAUUGCGACAAUUGGGUCAGUGAAAAACUGUGCAAGGAUCUGUAUGUUGACAACUUCUUGUCCAGUUUUGAUAAGGAAGCAGACGUAUUAAGAUAUUUUCGGCAGUCACAUAAUCUUAUGUCAGCUGCAGGAUUUAAGCUACGAUCGUGGAAUUCAAACAGUAUCUUGCUCAGGGAAAUGGCGACACAUCACAAUGUACUCGACGAAGAUAAAAUAACAAAACUGUUAGGAUUACGAUGGCAACCAGAAAUGGACAUAAUGACAUUUGCAGAAAGACCAAUAGACACAAACCCGAUUACGACCAAACGUUAUAUUUUACAAAGUACAUCACGAAUAUAUGACCCUCUCGGCAUACUCAGUCCAGUUACCGUAAGAGCCAAGUUACUACUCCAAGAUAUUUGGAAAGAACAUUUCACUUGGGAUACACCACUGCCUAUUACCUAUCAAGGGAGAUGGUUGAACAUAGCGGCAGAUUUGAAUACUUCAAUGAAAACACAGUUUUCAAGACAUUAUUUUACAGGUGCAGAUGACAAAUCAGUACCCUGUUUACACGUAUUCGUUGAUGCUAGUACACAGUCAUACGGUGCUACAGUUUACAUCAGCAAAGGCGAUAUUUCAAGCUUAGUAAUGGCAAAGAACAGAGUUGUGCCAGUUAAAACACUCACUCUACCAAAGCUUGAACUGAUGGCAGCCGUCAUAGGAGCCAGAUUAUCACAGCAUUUACAGUCAGCACUAGGAAUACAGGAGAUAUACUAUUGGACUGAUAGCCAAAUUGUACUACAUUGGCUCAUUAACACAGAAAACAACAACUGA